AUGAACGUCUGCGGGUGCAUUAAUGACAACAUCGAGGCGCUGAGGUUCAGAUGGCAACGAAGACGCUACCUAUGGCGGGCAUCGUACUAUUACAGCUUCAUGAGCUGGGCUCUGGUUAUAGGUCUAGUACUCACAUUCACGUUCCACUAUCUCAUCACUAAUUUCAAGUUCUUCAUGAGUUACUCAUGCUCAGCAAGAAGUAUACGAAUGAUCACAUGGUAUAUCGCAAUGCAAAUGUUUCUUAUAGGGCUAAUCCUGGUUAUGGCAAUAUUCUUGGCAAGAGUAUGUAACCUGUUCUCAAAUGUCAUCAUCAGUGAUUCCAUGACCACGGGAAGGGUGAUGACGAUGCUAGGAUGUAGUAUUAAGUGGCUGCCAUGGGCUCUGGCAGCAAUCAUGGGAGUAACAAUAUUGUUCAAUUCCUCCUCAUUGAUUUGGAUGUUUGCAAACUCCAGGCAGUGGUGCGAAACUAGAUUUAACGACGCAGCAGUUAACGCCGUGCGUAAUUGCAGACUUAUAGUCAGUGGAAACGUGCCAUGCAAUAUCUCCAUGACCAGUGGUGUACAUAAGGAAAUAAGGGAAUGCAACAGCCCAAGGUACCUCAUCAACAAAAGGCUCAUGCUACUAGCACUGGUAGAAAACACUUCACAACUACCAUGCUCCGUAGAAGACCCGACUGUAUGCAAUGCCUUCAAUGAUGUUUUAUUAGGCAAAUCCGUGGAUUGGUCAAGAGGCGAUUUACGGGGAUGCCUAGGAAAAGUACCUGAAUCACUGGAUGCAUUCCAAGAUACCGCCACUUCAAGUGAUCUUUACAAAUAUCUAGUGUUAUACAGUAUAUCAUGGGCGGUACUAUUCUUCAUACUCAUUUGCUUCUUCUACCUCAUGAAACAUACCACGGAAUUCGAUGCGAUCAUAUACCAAGCCAAAGACCCAACGGAAAACAUACUCAUCAAGAUUAUGCAACCGCUCACGCCGUGGUCAUGA